AAAAAUUAAAAAAUUCUGAAUAAUGGAAGGCGAUAAGAAAGAGGCUUCAAAACAUCGAAAAGACAGCAGCUACCGUGAAAAGAAGCGUAAGAAAUUUGAAGAGAGAAAGUCAGAUGUCUACUCAGACAAUGAGUAUGAUACCAACGGUGAGAAGGAGAGGCGACUUUCCUCUCACAAGAGCAACCGGUCCAAAAAGUCUAAAACGCCUGGUGAUCACUUCUCCAAAGAGAAAUUUAAGAACAUAAGCAAGGGUACCAUGGAAGUCUCUGAUGACAAAGAAGCUGCUGGAAUAAGGUUCCUCAAAUAAGUUCUGGGAUAAGCUCAAGUUCGAUAAGACCAAAAUCAUGGAGAUAAAGUAUGGCGAGGCUUCAUACUACGGUCAGGUAAAGAUCAAUUCCUCUGGUGAUGCGGUUAAGCAUGGCCUUGGAGCCAUUUAUUACAGCACAAAUAAGUAUUAUGAAGGGCAAUGGCAAGAAGGCCAUCGUCAUGGCGAAGGUUUCGAGCAUUUCGAAAGUCAAAAUACUUAUAAAGGAAGUUACAAGUACGGCAAAGCUCAUGGCCAAGGUAUUUACCAGUGGAGGAACGGAGAAGUCUACAAAGGUGCCUGGAAGGAUGGCCUCAGACACGGUAGAGGGAAAUGGUCAGGAAUCGCUGGGGAUUCCUAUGAAGGCGACUGGGAAAAUGGUAAAGCUCAUGGUUUUGGAGUCCAUAUAUGGAAAAACGGAGACCGGUAUGAAGGUAAUUGGUACCAAUCCAACAAGCAUGGCGAUGGAACUGACACCUAUGCAUGAGGAGAUAAGUACAUUGGAGAGUAUAAGAAAGGCAGAUUUCACGGGAAAGGAUGUUUCAUCUGGAAUUCAGGCAUGCGCUACGAAGGAGAAUUUGAUCAAGGACUCAGAAAUGGGUUUGGAAAAUGGAGUGAAAAAUAUGAUGGGUCGGGAGAAUCGUAUGAAGGAAACUAUAAAAAUGACAAAAAGCAUGGUCUUGGAACUUAUAGAUGGAAAUCUGGCAACUGGUAUCAAGGCAAUUUUAGCAAUGACAACAGAGAUGGUUACGGAGAAAUGUAUUGGAUAGAUGGAACAGUUUACAAAGGAGAAUGGAAAAACGGCAAAGAAUCAGGGUAUGGAAAGAUAAUGUCAAAUGGUGAAACAUACGCUACUUUCAAUGGAGCAAAAGUAAAUUCUGAUAAUGAGGAGCAAAGACUAAAGAACCAUCUUGGAACUAUCACUUCAAAUAUCCCUGUCAAAAACAGAAUUCAAGUUGAGAAAAAUGAAUUUUCGGAAGGACCAAACAACUCAAUAAUUAACUAUAACUACUCCUCAAUGGAAAAUGACAGUCCAGAUUACGAAUAUAGUAACUACAAUAGUGGAGGUGAUCUUAACUCUUCACUUCAAAGGAGGUAUAGGGAAAUCCUCUCAAAGCGAUUCCCAAACUCCAGGAGUGAGGAUGCUUCUUCUUACCAAAGCCCGAUCAAUAAUUCUAUGCACAAAAGAUCUAAGAAGAAAUACAGUUUUCACAUUCCUGCUCAUUUGAGAUCAAAAAGUAAGGAAUUCCUUGCUUCUCAAAACAGAGAUGGGUCAAAAUAUAACUUAGAGGUCCUUUCACAAGGUAAAUACUCCAUUCAGCAAAAUCAGAGUUACUCCGAUAUCACGAAAAGAAGGAUGACUCAUGGGAUAAAACAAAAAUUGAGUCCAAGUGGGAGAAUUCGCAGCAUCAACCAGAUCCCUAAACCACGUCAUAGAGAUGGUAGUGGCUUUGAUGAUCGGUCAGGCAGCCUGCCUGACAUCUCUCGAGAGAGUACGAACGCUAUUUCUCAUAAUAACUCUCGGACUAGGCUUAAGAAGAUGUACAAGAUAGUUAACCAGCAUUUUGGUAGCAAUAGGGAGCCGCAUAGUCAUCACAGAAGUGGUGAUGAGAGCUCAUAUGGUAAGUCUACCAGAAAUACGUUCACUAAGCAGCACCAUCUGAACUCCCGACAGAUCCUAGAGAGGAUGCACAAUAAAAAUCAUAAUUCGUUUGGCCCUGUUUAAUUAAUUUCAAAUUUUC